AUGGCUCCAUCCAUCAGCCUCGACCACUCCACCCCUGCGAUCGUUCCAGAGUCCAACGAGACUCCCGCUGCGUUCGCACCUACCAAUGCCCUCUUCUCCUUGGGCGGCCGCACAGUCGUAGUCACCGGAGGUGGCCGCGGGCUUGGUAUGACACUGACCAAUGCUGUACUCGAGGCCGGCGGCGACGUUGCCUGUCUGGACCUCCUCCCGGAACCAAACCCGGAAGAAUGGUUUGCUGUGCAAAAACUGGCCAAGUCGCGCGGUCUUCAAGCCACUUAUUCGAAGUGCGACAUCACAGACGAGGAAGCUACCAAAGCGCUUCUGGAGAAAAUUGCCGGUGACAGCCUACGUCGCAAUAUGCCUUUGCGCGGUCUCAUUACCUGUGCCGGGAUUCAGCAGAUGGUCCCGGCCCUUGACUACCCAGUUGAUGGAUAUCGAAAGAUGCUGGACGUCAAUGUCCUUGGAACUUUCAUUCCCGCCAAGCACUUUGCCCGUAUCUGUGUGGAGCAAAAGACUUCAGGCAGUAUUGUGAUGAUUGCCUCUAUGUCUGGACAGAUUGCCAACCGUGGCUUGACCUGUACCGCCUAUAACUCGUCCAAGGCUGCCGUUCACCAGAUGUGCCGGUCAGUCGCUCAAGAAUGGGGCCAACAUGGUAUCCGGGUGAAUACUCUGUCAGCAGGGUACAUUCGUACCGCUAUGACCGACGCUCUUCUGAAGGAGAAGCCCGAGGUCGAAGAGAUCUGGCUCCGCGGAGCUCUCCUUGGUCGCUUGGGUGCUCCUGAAGAUUUCAAGGCGCCCACUGUGUACAUGCUUGCUGACGGCAGUGCCUUCAUGACCGGCACUGACUUGCGCGUUGAUGGCGGUCAUUGUGCCUCAGCAUGA